UCCAACAAGAAGAAGAAGAAUGAGCAUAAACUGUCCCAACGGGCUGACGCAGUUAGUAUCUAUGAACGCAUCGCACUGUAAACUAAUGGUUAACUGUUACGGACUUUGAAUGCCGCUGUUUCUAAUUGGACCACACCACCUGACAGAGUCUGUAUUUUAAAUGCCGAAAACAGGUCUCAAGAGAGGUAUUCUGCACCGGUCUUCCUGCUCAGAGCGUUUUCUUAUAGGAAAUGACCCGACCUUAGUUAGCUUUCCCGAUGAAUUACAACUGAAAACAAACGGUUUUGUGUGAAGAAAAUUAAGUAUUUAAAGACAUGGCGAGCGUUGCUGUAAAUAAGUUUGUAGAGGUAUGUAAUUAUCUCCAAGACCCCAUCCAUGUUGCCAGGUUUCAACAUUUCUGCGGCGUUAAAGGGACAUUUCCGGAGAAGCGGACCCAGUCGGACAGCGGGCAGCCGGACCCGGACCGUCCGGGACUCAGACAGAGGGUCCAGCGGAGCUCGGAGGAAGAUGUGGGGAACGGGGAUAACGUUUUGGCUCAGGUUAACGGGAAGGAGGAGGGGGACACGGCCAGGCCCGAUGGUCUAACAGCGGCAGUGACUGCCAGAGCGAAGAAGCCCCUCCGGAGGAACUCCCUGACCGGGGAUGUGGGUCAGGAGUUCCUGAUCCACAACAAGUUCCUUUUCUACCUGUUCACCUUCGGAACAGAGCUCGGCAACGAGAUGUUCUUCAUCGUCUUCUUCCCCUUCCUCUUCUGGAACGUCGACGCGCUGGUCAGCAGGAGGCUCAUCGUGGUCUGGGCCUGGAACCUGUUCGUGGGACAAUCUACCAAGGACAUGGUGCGCUGGUCCCGACCCGCCUCGCCUCCCGUGGUCAAAGUGGAGGUCUUCUACAACUCAGAGUACAGCAUGCCAUCCACGCACGCCAUGACGGGGACAGCCAUACCCUUCUGCCUUUUCAUGUUGACCUAUGGUCGGUGGGAGUACACCUUCCUGUUUGGAUUCUCUGUGGCUCUCAGCUGGAGCCUCCUAGUCUGCGUUAGCCGAGUCUACAUGGGCAUGCACUCUGUUCUGGAAGUGAUCACUGGCUUCCUGUAUAGCCUUCUGGUUCUCGCUUUCUUCCAUCUGACCUUGGAGAGGAUCGACAACUACUACAUGACGGACCACUAUGCUCCUCUCGUCAUCAUCUUGUCACACGUGAGCCUGGGACUCGUAGCUUUCUUGUUGGAUUCGUGGAGCACCUCUCGCGGCGACACCGCUCAGGCUCUCGGCACCGGGGCCGGCGCCGCCCUGGCUUCACAUGUGAACUACCAGCUGGGUCUGAUGCAGGAUCCUCCGCUGUCCUCACUGCCACUAAUUAUGCCACCGAUCACCACGGGUCUGAUGUUGCGCUCCGUGCUGCGCUUCGUCAUCGGCGUCGCCGUCCUCCUCGCCACCAGAAUGGCCAUGAAAGCAGUGACUAUCCCGUUCUUGUGCCAUCUUUUCAGGCUGCCGUCGGGCGACGUGAGGCAGGCGAGGCAGCAGAUGAAAGUAGAGCUGCCGUACCGAUACAUCGUCUACAGUGUUGUAGGUUUUGUUAGCGUCUGCUUUGUGCCUGCCCUCUUCUGGAUCUUUAACCUUGCCUAAGUUUUUUGUGCAAACUGUUUGGAAACACGCUGCUCAUUCAGGCAGAACACAAGUUGUUUUCGGAGCGACCGAAGCAUAGUUACAGGAUGAAGCUGAUAUUUGGGUAAAUAAAUCCAACCAGAAACCACAAAAGGAUGUAAUUGUAUUAAGUGUUGUCUCAGCCAAAGAAAAUCUAAAAAAAUAAAAAAACACAGUAAACCGCAACAAUUAAAAAUGAAUCUUCCUUUUGUCUUAAGAAUCUAUAUUUAAAUACAUGUGACCCACUGAAGCACUAGUUUAUUUUUUUUAAAGAUGGACAGUCUCUUUUUAAAUUUUUUAGUUAGUGAUGCAUUUCUAAUUAAAAGGAGACAUCUAAUUUACCUUCAUCUAUGGCAUUGACCUACAGAAACUGGCAAAUCACAAUUCUGUUUUAUUUUUUAAAUAAUAAUUUAAAAAUACAGAAGAAAUGUGCUUCAAGAUAUGUUUUUUUCAUUCAACAAAAAAUAAAAGAACCAUUUCCUUCCUUUUCUGUUAAAUCAUUCUGUUGUUAUUCUAUUCAGACUGAAAAUGGUGAGCUGCUUGUUCUGAUGCAGUUAAUGAAGGGAAAAUAUGUUUUUGGGGGGUUUUUGUGUCUUACUUGCUGAUUUCUCAUCAGAAACUAUCAAAAGAAAAUUGAACAAUUCUGAUCUCUGGCCGACAGAUUGGCGCAUUUUUACUCAUAUUGUUUCUUUUUUCUUUUUUUUUUAAAUUCACAUCUUUCGCCACAAUUAUUGACAAACAUCUGCCUUUCGUUUUUUCCAUUCUGCUGGACAACUAACUGUCUCAUGCCAGUAAAUGCAGAGUAUGCUGUACGUGAAAAAAAGUGCAGUAUUUACUAACUUUUAAAUAUCUGAGCAAAGAAAACAUUCAGUUUAAGACAAUAGUAAAAACAACUAUUGUUAUUUAUUGACUUGCUUAGCGUAUGUCCUUGUAUGUAAUGAUUAUUAUAUCAAAAACAAUAUCCAGGUCUUUUAAAGAUUUCCAUAUUGUCAAGGGGUUUAGAUUUCAAACGGGCCUAUACAAAUACAUGUUUCAAAUGUAUUUUAAUGGUUUUGAGUUCACUGUUGAAGACCCUAUUUCACAUUUCCAAAGGUUGUUAAAAUAUAGAGCCGUAUUCUUUUAGAGAUUCAUAUUUUCAAAAUAAUUCAAGCCACAGGAGAGAUUGUGGCAGAUCUCAUUUACUGCAGUAUUUUAAGUGAAUUUUAAUGAAUCAGGGUUUUUGACUUCAAAGUUUUUGUGUUGUUACUUCUAUUUUCUUGUAGCGACUUUUUUCAGUAUUUCUACUGAUUAUUUAGCCCAAGUAUAAGUACACUGAUCAAUAAUCAUUUGAAGAAAUAAACAUAUUUUUGAUAAAUUACCUGAAUUUUUGCUUUCAAAACAAGUAGUGUGUAAAAUUGUCUUUAUUUAUUGUUUUGGUUUUCAGAGGCAUCUCAUUUGACAUUUGUAAACUGCAUGUCUGACAACUUUGACUCUACUUUUGCCGUUGAUAUAGCUGUUUGUAUUUUGUUGUAGAAUAGAUUUAUUCUGGUAUUAAAACCAAUAUAUUCCUUUCCCCAUAUA